CUUAUGUCGCAUUCAUUAUUGUUAUUCAAAACAAUACACACUUUGUUUACUCUUUUUACGACAAAAACAUACUUUAUUCAAAUUCAAAGGCGAAAAUAAGUUGAGAAUAUGGAACCAUGUGAAUUGGAAUUUAUUGGAGAGAAUGAAACGAUUGGAAUCAUACCGAAUUUCACCGAUGAGGCCAUUCAUUUGAUAUCGGGUUCGAUUGGACCAUUUCGUGCUGGAAUGCCGGUACAUGUUCCAUUGUGGUUAGCAAUCCAUUUGCGAAAACAACAAAAGUGUCGCAUUGUACCGCCUGUUUGGAUGGACAAAGAUAUCUUAGAAGAGAUCAAAGAAGCCGAAAAACGAAUGAAAAUAUUCACGAAAAUGCCGAGUGAACACUACAUGAUCGAAGCUCAGUUGAUUCUAAAGUGUGCCGCUGAAGAUGUGGCACAUUCGGAGCAAAUUCGAACGGCAAUCAAAGAUAUAAUUGACAUCAGAGCGGCUAAAUUACGAACGUCAAUGGAUGAUUUCAUGAAAGGCGACGGUACCUAUGCCAAAUUGGAUAAUUUAACAGUGUUUGAGAUACAUUCGGUGCGACCACUCUUACCAUAUUCCUUGGAUCUGAUUGAUCGUCUUAGUCGAAAGAUGAACGAACGCGGUGGUCAUCACUCAUCUCAUUUCAAUUCCACAGCAAAUUUUUCACUCAAUUCACAUUCGAACAUUUAAGCAUUAACCAAAUCAAUUUCCUUUUAUUAUGGAUAAUUUGUAUAAACAUUUUGAGCUUUUUUAAUUGUUACAAUACAAACAUAUACAUUUAAAA